CAUAUAUUCUAAAAAGUUCUUUCAUAAACUCACAUCACCGGUGGAGGUGAAGAACAAGUUUAGGGUUUGGAGGUGAAGAACAAGUUUCUCAGAAAUGGCUAAAAGGUUUCAUCAGUACCGGGCUGUUGGUAGAGCUCUUCCAUCGGAAACUGAUGAACAUCCCAAGCUUUGGGCUACCAAUGGAGAUAGGGAAGCAUCAACCAGUAAAACUAUCACAUUUGAAAAAGAAGUUGGUGAGUCUAGGAACUGGGUGGAGGGACUGCCGCACGAUGUCACAGUGGCGAUACUACAAAAGGUUGGGGUCAUUGAUAUACUGGAGAAUGUUCAGCUUGUGUGCACCUCAUGGCAUGAAAUCUGCCAAGACCCUGCAUUGUGGCGGUCCAUUGACAUGUGCAGGCGGCUGUGCAGCAUCAACCAUUACUAUACUUCAUAUGAGAUGUUCGAGAUAAUCAAGCAAGCAAUUGAUCGAAGUUGUGGCCAGUUGAUCGAUUUCAGCCUCGAGCAUGACUGCAAUGACGAUAUCCUCAAAUACAUUACUGACAGGAAAAAUCAGUUGAGACGUCUUAAACUUGUUACGUGCUUGGACAUUACAAAUCACGGAUUAAGUGAAGCUGCUAAAAUGAUGCCAUCCAUGGAAGAACUCCAUCUUCAUUUUGGAAGCAUCACAGAAGUAGGUCUUGAAAAUGUUGGGUGCAGCUGUCCCGGUCUGAAAUCACUCACACAUAAUCGAAAUAGAGCAGUGGAUGAUCCAAAUUCCGAAGCACUUGCUAUCUCAAGAACUAUGACUCAGUUGCGUCACCUUAGCCUUGUUGGGAAUUCCAUGACAAACACAGGUCUGCAAGCCAUUCUAGAUGCUUGCCCUCAUCUUGAAUCACUUGAUCUUAGGAAGUGUAAUAAUGUUGACCUGUCUGGUGAGUUGGGUAAGAAAUGUUCUUCUAUAAAGACAUUCCGCCACCCCAAUGAGUUUGUUGGUCAAAAUGAGGGAGGUAGAUUCUUCGAUGAUAAUGAUGAUGAUAAUGAUUACGUACACCACUACUACUACCACUCCAAUGAUAAUGAUGCUACCGGGUUUAUUGCUGACUAUGAGGGUUUCUUAUAUUAAUCCCUUAUAAAGGAAAAAUAACUAAAACAUUUGAUAUAUGUUUCAUGUAAUCUUUUUGGCUUUAAUUUAGUUGUAUAUUUUUGGUCUUUACUUAAAAGUGAUUUUUUUACUGAAAACUCUGAUUAAGUGGUAGUGUUAUUACCUUGUUUUAGAAUUCAAUUGCUCUUAGAUUUCUGUGGUAAAACCUAUUCCCAUAGUUGACAU